AUGCAAUCCAACUCUGCCUCGACAGGUUUCGCCAACCUGCUCAACCCCGAAACAGCUUCCCAGAACCAACAGCAACAACAACAACAACCCACCUCUACACCAACCGCCUCCAUGGCCGCUGCCACCGUCAGCCUCAUGGCGCCUCUUCUCCAGAACGCCCCGCAACAGACAGAGGAGCCUCGACAGGAUCUUCCCAGGCCUUACAAGUGCCCUCUCUGUGACAAGGCCUUCCACCGUCUGGAGCACCAGACUCGCCACAUCCGAACCCACACUGGAGAGAAGCCACACGCCUGCACUUUCCCUGGAUGCACAAAGAGAUUUUCUCGCUCUGACGAACUGACUCGACACUCGAGGAUACAUAACAACCCAAACUCGCGGCGAGGCAAGGGCCAGCAACAUGCUGCUGCCCACCAAGCUGCCGUUGCCGCUGUACAGGCGGGUCUCAUGGAGCCUGGAUCUAACCUUGCACACAUGAUGCCUCCCCCAUCAAAGCCCAUUUCUCGCAGCGCCCCGGGUUCUCAACUAGGCUCACCCAACGUCUCGCCACCUCACUCCUUCUCCAACUACUCUCCUGGCAUGAGCAACGACCUGGCCGCAUACCACCAGGGCGGCUUGAGCAACAGCAGCAGCCCCAGCGGUCUUGCCCGCCCCAUGGAUCUCCUUGCUGAUGCUGCGUCAAGACUGGAGCAACGUCCUGGACACAUUUCCCACUCGAGUAGACAUCACCUUACGAGCGGGUACCACCCUUACGCCAACCGACUGCCAGGCCUCUCUCAAUACGCCUACUCGUCGCAGCCCAUGUCAAGAUCGCACUCACACGAGGACGACGACCCGUACUCGCACAGGAUGACGAAGAAGUCGAGGCCAGGCUCACCGUCGUCGACUGCCCCGCCAUCUCCAACAUUUUCGCACGAUUCCUGCAGUCCGACGCCAGACCACACGCCUCUGGCAACCCCUGCACACUCGCCAAGAUUACGGCCCCACGGCUUCAGUGAUCUCCAGCUACCACAUCUACGUCAUCUCAGCCUCAACCAAAACUUUGUGCCAGCACUUGCGCCCAUGGAGCCGUCGACGGAGCGUGAACAACCGUACGUGCCAAGCCAGUCGUCGGGACUUCGUAUUGGGGACAUUAUUUCCAAGCCUGAAGGUGCGCAGCGCAAAUUGCCGGUUCCGCAAGUACCUAAGGUUGCGGUGCAAGAUCUGCUCAAUGGCCCGAGCAACAGCGGCUUCUCUUCCGGUAAUAACUCCGCAACGGCGUCAUUAGCCGGCGAAGACCUCUCGAAUCGCAACUAA